UUUUCAAGACUAUUAUAUGUAAACUCAUGAAGCAGAAAUGCAGUUUAUUAACCAGAAGCAACGAGAAAGAAAGAAAAAAAACGAAAAAAUGGCUCAAAUGGCUACUCUGACGGCAAAGCAAGCUAAUGAAUACUUGAACGCAAGGCCAAAAUAUCCGACAAUAUGGUACAAAGUGUUGGCUGGUCGAACCAGCAACCAUAAGGUGGCUUGGGAUGUUGGGACCGGCAACGGUCAGGCUGCUCUUGGGGUCGCUGAUUACUACGAAAAAGUGGUGGCAACUGAUAUAAACGAGAAACAAAUCAGUCUUGCAAAGCCGCACCCAAAAGUCACAUACCUUCACACUCCAGCAUCGAUGUCAGACGACGAUCUAGUGGCUAAACUCGGUGGAGAAAACUCCAUAGAUCUCAUUGUAGCCGCUCAGUCUCUUCACUAUUUCGACCUUAAAAGAUUCUAUGCCAUAGUGAGACGUGUUCUUCGUAAAGAAGGUGGUAUAAUCGCGGUUUGGGUCUACAACGACCUCGUGGUUACCCCAAAGGUUGAUGCCAUCAUGAAACGUUUGGUGGAUUCAACAAAACCGUACAGAACCCCGACUAUGAAUUUGGCGUUUGAUGGUUAUAAGGCAAUAGAGUUUCCUUUCAAAAAUAUAAGAUUGGGGACUCAAGGAAGACCUAAAGCUCUCGAGAUUCCACAUAAGCUUUCGCUUGAUGGGUAUUUAGGGUUUUUUAAAUCCUGGCAGCCUCUAGUGAAGGCUAAGGAGCAAGGAGCAGAGCUUUUAAAACCUUCGAUGAUUAAUGAGUUUAAGGAAGCUUGGGGUGAUCAGAAUCAAGUCAAGGAUGUUGCUUACAGAGCAUUUAUGCUCGCUGGAAAACUCUAGUGAGGGUCGUUCUGGUUGUUAUAUGAGUGCACGAAACCGAAAGCAAAUAGUAUCAGCUCUCAAAACGAAUGUUCAACAUAAAUAAUGCACUGGACCGCAGAAUAAGAGAGUAUUAUUAGACUUAAUAGAUAAAUCGGUUAACAUGUUGGUUAAAUCGAGAUCCUUAGUAUAAAUAUGAAACAAAGUUGUAACAAACAUUAUGAAGUUAAUAAUAACAAACUUCGUCAUGAUUAACUUCACUUUGCAAUGUUUGAGUAUCCUUAUGAAUCCAUGAUAACAUGUCGGUGAUAUUUGUAAUCGCUCUUGAAUAAUGAUAAUUAACAAACA